GUAAUAUUCCUUGUUCUCGUAGCGAUGAGCCCGUCAACUCCAGCCACGCUGCUUUUUAUCGUGCAUUUGCUACCGUUCUUCCACCAGGCGUCGGGCUCCUCCUCUGCGGGCCACAGUUCACAGCGUCACAGCCUCGGCUGCUUCCAGUGCAGCUGGCUGGCCGAGCAAGUGGUGGACGCGGAGCGCCAGAAGGACCUCACCAAACGUUGGAAGGAAGCGUACGAACGCUCCGAAGACGCCAUCGACAACCCGUUCAAGGAACCACUGUUGGGCGUUGAGACCUUCUCUGAGAUGCCUACUAAGUCGCAGUUAUUUGCGCAUUGCAGCAACUGUACCAAGCCAGACGGCAUGUGUGCGCGGUGGACUUUCUAUGGCAACACAGGUCAGCCCGUGAAUGUGACGUGGAUGUGUGUUAACAGCCUGGAGACUGGUUGUUUCGUGGAGUACAUGGCCAGCCACUUCGUCAAGGAGGUCUGUUUGUGCGCAGACAGGCAUCACUGCAACGCUGCCGGUAGCGCAGCGUCUUCCGUGUCAUUGGUAGCAGUGCUUCUCUGGACAGCGUGGAUGAUAUUAUCUUGAACAGUGCAGUUUUGAAACGACAUACAGCUUUAAGGACGGCCGUUUGUGCAGCAUUUUAAAGUGCGCGCAUUGCGGGACGCCUGUAGUAGCGUCGCUACUAUCUACUUCCACUGUGACUACGAUAUGUGCGUGAUUGCAACGUUUUCUUUGCGUCACAACCAGAGGGGAGUCAUAACUUCUUUUCAAAAUUCUUUUUUGGACUACAGGAACCACCAAACUUCGCCCUGAAUCCCUCUAGUGCAAUGAACUUUCUACUACUAUACUACUUUCGGUUAUUUUAACCACUCUUCAUGAAUGUUUUUUCUUGUGUUUGUAUGUGUGGAUGUAUAUUAUGUAUAUAACACUUUACAAAUAUUCAGCAGAGCCCACGUAGCCUGGCAGUCGACGUUAUACGAAGCAUGUGGAAGGAAAGUGACCACGUUUUAGUUUUUUUUUAUUGAGUGGCAUUUUAUGUAAUGACACUCAAUAGAUGUUGAAGAGUUGCACGUGUUUAAACACAAUUGUUUAUAUAACCAGUUGCUUGCACUUGCGCAACGAUGCUGAAAGGAACAUGAGUAUUAGUAUUCGCAACACCAGAAGGGAUAAGCUAAUGUGAAGAGCUGGUGCUCUCGAACAUCGUAGCCCUGUACGCUACUACAAACUCAACUUCAGCGCAUGGCACCUAACUAAAAUUGACAUUAACCGGACGUGACGGCUCUAUCAUAGGUAGAUUUUCUGAAGAGUAAUCGUGGCCCUUUUCUGGAUUGUGUAUAAGGGGUGGUUUAUGAGUUUGCGCUAACAUGUGGCAAUAAAUGUAUCGGUCGGACGGGUGGAUGCCUUAACGAUCGCCUUCGCGAACACAAGUUGAACGUUUAAAACAAGAGAAACUGCGGCCAUUUGUCAGUACGUUGCUUGGGAUACGGUUGCGCACCUUUGUACGAAUCCUGCGUUGUACUGGUGAAACAUAAAGAUAAAGAAGUCCGAGGAAUAAUUGAAGCCAAUGCUAUCUCUCGCACGUGUGGGUCAAGUCGUUGUCGCAAGUGUGUGGUCAACUGGUGGUGCACUCACGUGUGUGGGUUGACCUUUUAAAUCGGGAGAGGGCUUUUCUGCUUGGCUAGUAGAUACACUGGUGGCGCCACUGUGCGCGCGUAUAGCUUGGCGUUUCCCGAAAAUAAUAUGGUUGAAGUUAGCGCAUUGUGUUGUCGUUCCUCUCCUGACCCUGUCUGCUAGCGCUCAAUAUGUCGUCAUUUGCUGACUUAAUGCACGCUCAAACACAUAGGCAUGUCACGAGAACACAGGUUCAACAUUUCACCGAUAGUUCGCAAACCACUUGUUCGAUAUAUAACCCCGCGAGAAAAAAAAAGGGGGGGGGAGCCUUCAUGCGCUGUGAUGCAGUGGUGACAGAAUCUGUUUCGAAAGAUAUCAUCACGAGUUUGAUUUCAGCCCCGUGUGUAACCUAUACAUGCAGGUGUCACAAAUAUAAAUAAAUGCGUUGAUGUUUGUCUUGAAAUCGCCCCCGAGUGAUGAUUAGUGCUACAAACUGGCAAUGAAACAACGUGACAGUAAUAAAAGUAUUUUUAUUCCGCAA